GAAAUUUCCAGCGCACUUGAUUAUUUUCUGGGCCUGCGGGUAGAGGGGCGACUAGACGGCUGGGUGGUUCAGUCGGUCGCGGAGAGCCAACCGUGAACCCACGCCUGUUUGGGCCGUGCAAAAACGCGAGUUCGUCGGAAUGUGAGCCGGCAACCCUUUUUGACGGGCAACGUUUCAAUUCCGCCACGACGGAGAUGCUUCUCGCCGUAAUAUGCUGGACCUAUGUGUUGACAGCAUGCUAUGGAACGAGCCCGACCUGCGACGAAGUGGUGCAGAAAGUCGCCCAGACGGACAAAAUGACCGAGAUCCAAUUUCCUCCGCCGAUGCCCGGCACUUGGGUCUCAGACAGAUGCGAAGUACGACCCGGGCCGGAAUACCUGCUCAGGUGGCACUGGUACUCGGAAAACGGGACUUACACGCACAACACUUUCGUGUACGGUGACGAAGGCUGUACCAAAGCACUGUGGAGCCGCUGCAUCAAAGGAAAAUAUGGUCUCAGAGGGAAAUCCUGGCUUACACAAGGUGCGAGUCAAGUGGAUUUCAACCUGGAUGAAGUCAUGUUCGUCGUCUACAGUACAUCUAUCGCCCAGGACCUCUCGGCCAAAGCGAACACUUCUUGCCCGGGGGUCGUGGUUGGGAGGUGGCUCCCAGAAGUCGAGUACAUCGUGUAUAGACAUCAGGAACGAAACGAUUCUAAAGAAAAAAGCAAAGAAGAGCUCGAUAGAGAAAGAGCAUGUAUGAGCCUUCUGAGGCUGUCAUACGAAGAGGUUGGCCUUGUCAGGAUACAAAAGAGGCCUCCCAUGCCCUAUGAUUCCUGGGGCAUGAGGGAAGAAUUGCUCCUAGGGGAGGCUAAAGGGAAAACGACAGUUUUUCACGAUCCCAUGGUCAGGGCAAACCAGGGGAAGAACGCUCAGUCACGUAUCUACUAUUUUCCGGCCUAGUUUCACCGAAAAUAAUAUUUUAUUAAAACCCAUUAUACCAUACCCGUAGUU